AUGCACGAGCUCUUGCUAUUUGCCUCGGUUUCCUCGCACCAACAUCAUGAGUUGUUGCAGCAGCUUACUGGCCUGACAGCCAUGCAACCCCGCCACUCCCUAGAACGGCGUUUGAUCUUCAAGGCAACUAGGAAGCCUGGUCUAGCCAAUACGCGCGGCGGCGCUAGUCAGGGCGCUGACAUCGUACGUCUCAAUAAGAUGCUCAACGGGCAAAUGUUCUAUACACAGGUUGUCGGUCCUGUUUCAGAGGCAGAUUUCGAUGGAAAGUCCUCAUCGUCUGAAAGCCAAGAUGCCUCCAUGUCUGGGACAGAUGAAGUUGCAGGCAGCUCUUACGAUUAUGACAGCCAGCCGUGGAAGCUCGAAUUCAGGGACAUUCCAGAAGCCGGCAUUCGGUCAACCAUCACGGCUCGGUUGGCGGCCAGUGCUGCUCUACCGAAGGGAGACGUUGUGCCUUCCAUGAAUGCCUGGGGUUAUAGUUUUGUAACCGAGUAUGUGGUGGAAGGAGACGUGUUUAUUCAUAACGACAUCGUAAUCUUCCUGCAUCGUGUUCUACAAUAUUCGGUUCAUCCUGGCCAGGAACCACAUGAACCCCGGCGACAGCUUCCCUCGUUCCGAGAACUCUCGCCCUUGGAAAGAACUGGAAGUUAUAUCCUCCAGGCUGCCAUCACAGUCCAGGAUGGCGGUAAUCAAGAGCUGAUGAGGACGGCCUCUCAGCAUUUAUUCGGGCUUCGAGAGCAGCUCAAGUCGGCGGUCCGUCUCGAGCAUGCUGAUCGGUUGUCUUUAGACACUCGUGCCAAGUAA